CUCCAAGAAGCGCACCCAAGGCGAAGCUUGGUUUCUGUUUCGUCUCAUAUUUUCCUUGGUCCCAACAGCUAUCCCAAGAAGACACGGACGCAGAUGCUUCCACAAUGACAAAAGAUGUUGUCUCUGCUGCUACCCUUCUUCUUGCUGCUCACCAGCACAAGAACGACCACUUGCACUCGUACCGGUAUCAAUGAUGACAAUGAUGUGAUUCAAUGGCGAGGCAACAUUGCUCACACCGCCCAUUUUAACGUCACUCUGCUUCCUGGCCAACCCCGUCAAUUGUAUCGCCAUCACGGUCUCAACAAGGGCGUUCAUUCGGCUGCCAAAUCCAGUCCAGUGGUCUUGGCCGACGGGGAAACCUUCUUGCAGGCUGGUGACACUGGUAUCCUGUAUCGCAUCGAGAUUGCUACUGGCCAACCCCUGUGGGCGGCAGCACAAUUGGGGUUUUCUAGCUUUGGCUACCAUUCCACGCCCUGUGCCAUUUAUCGAGAUGAUGACGAUAAUACACCAGAUUUGGCCAUUAUCGGGAGUUAUGAUGGAGUUCUCUCCGCCUUUGAUUUGGAGACGGGCCAUCGAGUAUGGGAAACCUCGGUCGGAGAGCAUAUAGGUGCUAGCCCCACAUGUACUAGUUCCUUUAUCUACAUUGCGGUAGAAUUCAGCACCCCUCGUGCCGCCGGUGGUGUCUGCAAGGUCCAAGUCGACACGGGAGACAAAAUUUGGUGUAGCUAUACUAUGGGCAGUCAUUCGCAUUGCACAGCCGGUGUGGACUAUCAGCACAAUGUGGUGGUGGCCGGCUCCAACGACAAUUAUCUGCAUGUCUUUCGAGAAACCGAUGGAGUCACAUUGGCCAAAUACAAUACCAGUGGGGCCAUCAAGGGACCCAUACUCAUGCAUCACGGAUUUGCCAUUUUUGGAAGUUGGAGUGGAAACAUCUUUGCCAUUGACAUUAGUCAUUUGGCCUCCAAGGUACCCACCACAGCCACGGCCGAUACCAUUCAAAUCGAACGAGGACCAGGACUCUACAAAUGGCCACCCAUAGAAUCUGACAAAAAGUUCAUGUCAGGAGUUGCAUUAGACCCCACCACCAAUCUGCUGUAUACGGGAGGACAUGAUUACAAGAUCCGAUGCAUCGAUUUCCACACUGGCAAGGUCCGGUGGGAAUACCAGACCAACAGCUACAUUCUGUCAUCACCUAUUGUACUCAACAAUGCCAUUCUCUCCGGGUCAUCCGAUGGAUACGUCUAUGCCCUUGACAAGGCCACUGGGAAGGCACUCUGGAGCUACAUUUUAGGACGAACGGGAAGGAUUACAGCAUCGGUCGAUGUGUCCCACGAUGGCAAGUACAUUCUAUAUGCCUCGGACUCGUACGGAUUUACCGCUAAAAACCAAUGCAAAGGAAAACCAGGUUCACUGCAUGUCCUAGAAAUUCGGGAAACGGAUGCAAGUGGCUCCAUGCACGAAGAGGUUGCCGUCGACGACAAUAAGGAAGAAGUCAGCGAUGAAGACAAUGACAACGACAAAAAGGUGGACAGCGCCAAAGCAAAGUCCGACGAAGGGUUAAAAGAUGAACUAUAGGACAGCGGAAUAUCUGGAUGGUCUUUGGUGCAUGACAAUGCAAUUUUUGAUCUGUGGUGCUGCAAGGAAUCACAUUUGCUGGCUAAAGUGAUCGGAUGCUUGCAACGGCAAAGGGUAACAUAGAUCAAAACCACGAGAUUGACAUCAAAAACAAUUCUUUACAGCUCCCUAAGGAUGUAGAUCGAAGCCACCCUGAGGACCCUCGACUCUUAUGCCAGAGCCUUAGAUAUCACCAAGCCUCUGUUUUAAAAGGCAGCUCUCGCCGAUAGUAGAAUAGCUAGAUCUGGCUAGCCAAAAAGCGCCGGUAGUCAGCCCACCAACUGCCUCAUCAGCACCGCUCACCUUGUACUCGUGCAGGCAGGUGGGCCUCUUGUAUCGCCGUUGUAGGGGCGGUGUACUGUACGUGGAUGUUGGUUUGAUUUUGGCUGAAAUUUGGUCUCCUGAAGGUAUACACAGUUGAGAGGCUUGAAGAGCCCGAUCCUGUUACAGGGAGUUUCAGGAAGGAAUAACAUGUGUUUCCCUAAGAAGUAACUCAGUAAUUUACAUUGUAGAGUUUAGGAC